CCGCGAGCAUCGGGCAGCCAGCCAACCCUCUACUGCGAAUCCCCCGUAUUCUUUCGUCUAAUUUUUCGAUAGUGCGGGGGACUCGCAGCCAUCGGCCGGUCACGUGUCUCUCUCAUCCCCUCGUUGCACGCUCGAAAGCGGAAGUGCAGCCGACCAAGUGCGACCAAAACCCCUCUACCGUAUAGAUCGGUCAUGUAAUUUACAACUGGGACUAAUUAACGACACCGGUGUCUCUAUCCGACCGUUUCUUUAUUAGGAACGUGAAACUAGGGGUUAUCCCUAACAGGACUCGAUAGGUACCCGUUACCUUCAAAAUGAACCGACCUUGGAUUCGAUGCGCCGGAUGACGGAUCGAUCGAUCGAGUUUCGAUGGAGAAUCACGUCGAUCCAUGAUUUAGACGGAUCCAGAGACGUUGCUCUAUCAGUGACGCGUGUAAUGUUGUCGGAAUUUUAAAAGAACGCGAGGAUCGACGCCAUCGAUUAUUUUUUAUUUUUACUUUAUCAAGAUCGUUGAUUGAAAAGUAGGUUCCAGUGAGAUGUGAGCUCGCAGGAUGGAGAUGAAGAUCAGUAUACUGCUUCUAGCGCUUCUUCGCCUCGCCAGCACCCUUGAAAAUACAAAGGAGGAAGAUGACACCGAGGAAGACGACGAGGAAAAUUAUCCGGUAGAUGACUAUGACUACGGUGACUAUGAAACCGCGACGAUAACUAGUGAUUCCGGUCUUAUCGUGGGUGGCUCGUUGCCAAUCUUUUUGGCAGAACCCGUCGACGCGUUCGUCGUGAAAGGAAAACCGGCGACCUUACACUGUCGCGCGGCGCACGCUCUUCAGGUGUAUUUUCGGUGUAACGGUGACCGGGCUGAGCGGUCGCAGCACCAGGAUUUUGUCGACCCUCGUACCGGAACGAGGGUCGUCGAGGUCGAACUCAACGUGACGAGGAACGAGGUCGAGGAGUACUUCGGUAGGGAGAGGUUCAAGUGCGAGUGCGUGGCAUGGUCGGGACCAGGUCAGAUUCGAGGGCAACCCGCCACGGUUGAGGUCGCUUACCUGAAGAAGCACUUUUUGUCGCCGCCGUACUCGGUGUCCGUGGAGGCUGGACGGAACGCGGAAUUGCGUUGCUCGGCACCGCUCGGGGUGCCACAACCCAAGGUCUACUGGUUGAAGAACGGCUCGCCUCUCGAGACGAUACUCGGAUCGACCGCACCACCCUCGCCCGUCCCGGACAGUAUCCUGAACGAGGUGUCAUCCGGAAGCUUCCUGCAGACCGGCAACGGACACCUGAUACUGGGGGAGGCCGAGCUCAGGCACCAGGGGAAUUACUCCUGCGUGGCCGAGAACAUCGCCGCGAGGCGGGUCAGCGAACCGGCCGUGUUGACGGUUUACGUAAACGGCGGGUGGUCUUCCUGGUCCGGAUGGACAGAUUGCAGCACCCGUUGCGGUCGAGGUGUACAAAAGAGAACACGAACCUGCACGAACCCAGUGGCCAUCAACGGAGGUCAAACCUGUCCAGGGCCAGCCACGCAAAGGGUCGAAUGCAAUCCUUCCUGCCCCGCGAUCGACGGCAGAUGGUCAAGUUGGUCCUCGUGGUCCGCAUGCGGUCCCGAUUGUGCCAGAGCGAGGAGGAGAUCCUGCAACGACCCCCCGGCGAGCAAUGGUGGUCGUCCCUGUCAAGGCAAGGACGUCAUCGUCGAGUCUUGUUCCGCGGAUCGAUGUAACGCCCUCGGACAAGACGGACCUCGAGUAUUCAAGGAAGCAGCUAGAACGAUCGACCACAGAAGCAUACUGGCCUUGUGGAUCAUUUUGAGCUUGGCUGCGAUCUUUCUGGCGUUAACGACCAUCUUUUUCGUGCGUCUAAUGCGUCGAAAAGAAAGGUUGGAAGCUUUGUACGGAGUGGCAAGGCUGGACUUUCGUCGACCGGGUGACCUAGGAAAGUCGGUAGUCUCGAAGAACGAUCGGUCAGCCCUCUCCGUCGACAGACGUUUAGAGCAAGUGAUAGACGAGUCGAACGCGAGCAGAAUGCCUAGGUCUUGCUCGGAGCAUCACUACGACGUGCCGCAGCUUUCGUUACCUUCGACGACCAGACCAUCUCCCAGCUCUUCCGUGACCAGGUCCUCUUGUAGAAACUCCCACCGUGGCCGGGGAUUGUCCGACAACGAAGAAAGUCGAUCGUCCCGUUCCACGUGUCAAGGUAACGCGGAGACCACCAACGAGGACGACAACGACGACGAUGACGACGACGACGACGACGAUCGCGACGGCGACAGACCCGGAGGCGACAACAAGGGUCACGAGGACACGAGCGGCUUUAUCGUGAGAGCAAUAGUCGACGAACAAGGCGUUCUUCUCGUAGUCCCCGAAGCUGGGGUCUCCAUGUCUGUCCCGGAAGGUGCGAUUCCUCGCGGUCGACGGCACAGUCUUCAUCUUGCAGUCCUCGGAGACGACUCCUCGAGGCCUGGUCUACCAGCCGGUUUGACUCUGUUGUCGGCAGUGGUAGCUUGUGGACCGAACGGUAUCGACCUGGUGAAACCUGUGAUUCUUCAGUUCGAGCAUUGCGCCGAACUCAGGACAGGCAACUGGGAGCUAAGCCUUUGGUCGACGGAUCUCGAUACGGAGACACGUUCCAACGACUCGACUACGUCGUCCAGCAACUCCAACGUCGCGUCCGCGACGACGUGGCGCAAGAUACUGACGUUGGGCGGCGAGCCGAUUAAUCUUCCCGGGCAGCCUUUCGCGCAGCUCGAUCACUCCAGGGUGUUCCUGGUUACCGAAACACCGAGCGUUUACGCGGUUGCUGGCGAGAAUUCUGCCGUAGCACCAGGACUAGCCGUGAAAAGGAUUUGCGUGGCAGUAUACUUGUCGCGCGAGCGAGAUCACAUCAGGUGUCAUCUGAUGCAGGACACAAAGGCGGCGUUCAAGCUUCUAGCGGAACAGGAGCGCCGAUUAGGCGGGACUCGUAUGGAUCAUGGAGUUCUAGGCUUGAGGGCGGGUGGUGCACCGCUUCGCAUCGACCUCGAGGACAGAGAAAGCGGAUUCGUGGAACGUCAGGAAGUGCUUCACCGUCGAAUCUGGUCGUCGACGAGAACGAGUAUACGGCGAUCCUUCGGGAUCGAGAAAACUCUCGGGGAGGUGAGACUCAGUUUCGCGCUGCAAGCUUGUCAAUGUGGUUUCGAAGAAGACACGCUAUUCCUGAGAAUCGACCUGGAUCCGAUGAAGAAACAUGGUUCGAGCGGAAAGAGGAUCACGAAGACAGAGUCCUCGGUCGUUUUACGUGGGAAAAAUUCUAGCAGGACUACCGAAUCGGUUGUUCCCAGACCAUUCAGAUUUUCCAAGACGUUGAGGAAACAGCUAUGCCAGUGCCUCGAUCCGCCUAGCGCUCGAGGAAACGACUGGAGAAUGCUAGCACAAAGACUACAAGUAGAUCGAUACGUUGACUAUUUCGCGACGAAAGCGAGCCCAACGGAACACAUUUUGGAUCUUUGGGAGGCGAAACACCAGGAGGUCACGGCUCUCACGGAUCUUCUGAACCUCUUAAGAUUUAUGGGACGCGUCGAUGCCGCCAACGUUCUAGAAAGCCGCCUCGGCCCAUGGAUCUAAGACAUCGAUCCCCACUGCCAAAUGAAAAUUCAUCUUUUACA